UUCACAACUUGUCUUUAUCCUCUUUUUAAUAAUGAAUGAAAAACAACAAACUCAAAACCAUUCCUCUUUCAACAAAUCCAAUGGCGUCUCUCUCUCCGCCGGAAGAAGAAGCCGCCGCCGCCGCCGCUUCCUUUCACCACCGUCGCUCCAAACGCUAUUCCUCCUCCACCACCAACGGCCUCGCCGCCGAAUCGGUUCCCGACAAACGCCACAAGAUCUCUCUCCCUCCGAGUUUCAUUUCAUCCUCCGAGAUCGAGUCAGAGUUCUCCCACCACGACCCCGCCUUCGCGCGAAUCAACAAUGGAAGCUUCUGCUGGCAGCUCCGGUUCCUCCGCCAGCCGGAUCGGUUCUUCUUCGACGAGCUCAAGCCCAACAUCUCCGCAUCCAGAGCCGCGAUCAAACGCCUCAUCAACGCCGAGCACGACGACGAGGUCUCCCUCGUCGACAACGCCACCACGGCGGCGGCCAUCGUCCUCCAGCAAACCGCCUGGGCCUUCCGGGAAGGCCGGUUCGACAGAGGCGACGCGGUGGUGAUGCUCCACUACGCCUUCGGCUCGGUGAAGAAAUCGGUGGAAGCGUACGUCUCACGCUCCGGUGGGGAGGUCAUCGAGAUGCAGCUACCGUUCCCGGUUAACUCGGCGGAAGAAAUAGUCAACCGGUUUAGGACCGGUUUAGCAUUGGGGAAGGCGAACGGUAGGAAGGUCAGGUUAGCUUUGAUCGAUCACGUGACGUCGAUGCCUAGCGUCGUGAUACCGAUCAAGGAGCUUGUGAAGAUAUGUAGAGAGGAAGGCGUUGACCAAGUGUUCGUUGACGCUGCUCAUGGGAUCGGUUGUGUCGACGUGGACAUGAAGGAGAUUGGCGCUGACUUCUACACUAGUAACCUCCACAAGUGGUUCUUCGCGCCGCCUUCCGUUGCUUUCUUGUAUUGCAAGAGGUCCGGUGCUGGUGGUAAUCUCCAUCAUCCGGUCGUGUCUCACGAGUACGGGAACGGUUUAGCGGUUGAGAGCACGUGGGUCGGGACUAGAGACUACAGUGCUCAGCUGGUCGUGCCUUCGAUUCUGGAGUUUGUGAACCGGUUUGAAGGUGGGAUCGAUGGUAUAAAGAAGAGGAACCAUGAGUCGGUGAUUGAGAUGGGGGAGAUGCUGGUCAAGUCUUGGGGGACGCAGCUAGGUUGUCCGCCGGAGAUGUGUCCGAGUAUGGUGAUGGUUGGGUUGCCUGUGUGUUUAGGUGUGUCGAGUGAGACGGAUGCUGUGAGGCUUAGGAACCUUUUGAGAGAGAGGUUCAGCAUUGAGAUACCGACUUACUUUAGAGCGCCUGGUGAGGGAGAGACUGAUUCGAUCACGGGGUAUGUUCGCAUUUCGUAUCAAGUUUAUAACAAACCUGAGGAGUAUCAUAGGCUUAAGGAUGCUAUUAAUGAACUUGUGAGAGAUGGGUUCAAAUGCUCGUCUCUAACUGAUUGAAUAAGGGAAACAAGCUAUUUCGAGGGGGAGUAAAUGAAUAAUGGAUGGUGAGAGUUAUUAUCAUGGUUUAGGUAUCAUGAGGAUUUGGAAGAAGUGAAGUAGCCUAUAUAUAUAUGUAUUUUCUAGUUAAGUAAUAAAACGUCUUCUUAAUACAGUAAAUAUGUAUGAGAAGACUUUGUAAGCAUUCUUCUAAUUUCAUUUCCUCGAAUCGUUUUGUUCUUCAAGUGUCUCCUCUUUACGUUAGCAAGGUCGGUAAUAAAGUUAACAACGGUCACUAUUUUCAGUGUU